GGAGCCCGAGGGGGGGCUGUGUGUCCCUGCCAGCAGCUGCCCCUGCGUGGGGGCAGCGGGGAGAAUUCUGCCCAGCGGGCAGUCCGUCAGGAUGGGGGCCACCCUGUGCACGUGUCAGAACGGGGUGCUCGACUGUGAGAGACCUGCACAGGUGGACAACGGCACGUGCUCCGCUCCGCUGGUGCGCUACAACUGCACGGGGAAGGCGACGCCGGCACAGGGAGUGGGGUGCGCCCCGUCGUGCCAAGGGAAGCUCACGCGGACCCCCUGCCUGAGUGUGCGCUGUGAGCCGGGCUGUGGGUGUCCCCGGGGUCUGCUGGCGGACGGCGUGGGGGGCUGCGUGGCCUCCCGGGAUUGCCCCUGCAGCCGCAACGGCCGCUCCUACAGCAGCGGCGGCACCGUCACUAGCAAGUGUGAGAAGUGCACGUGCCGUGGGGGCCAGUGGGCCUGCCAGGAGCGCCGCCAGCAGCCCUGCCUCUCCACGUGCUCUGUGUUCGGCGACGGCCACUACAGCUCCUUCGACGGGCGCCAGUUCGUGUUCGACGGCUCCUGCGAGUACGUCGUGGCUCAGGAUUACUGCGGGGAAGAGCAGCAGCAGGGCACGUUCCGCGUCAUCACGGAGAACUUGCCGUGCGGAACAUCUGGGACCACUUGCUCCCGGGCAGUCAAAAUCAUCCUGAAGGAUGUGGAGAUCUAUCUGCACGACGGGAACUACUCCGUGUCUCGCGUCGGCUCCUCCGUCGCCACGUCUCCCGAGCGGCGUCACACCGUGGUGACACGCGGCCUCUACCUCGUCGUGUCCACGGCGGUGGGACUCACGCUCACGUGGGACCGCAGGACCAGCCUGACCCUCUCCCUGCCGGCGUCGUACCAGGGCCGCGUGUGCGGCCUGUGCGGCAACAACAACGGGGACGUCUCAGACGACUUCGUGGGCCGUGACGGAGCCCGAGUCGCCUCUGCGGCGGCCCUGGCCAAGGGCUGGCGCGCAUCGCCCUCGACAGCGACGGUGGCGGUGGCAGUGGAUCCGUGCCGCGCCAACCCCUACCGCCAAGUGUGGGCGCAGAGGCGCUGUGCCGUCAUCGCGAGCGACGCCUUCGCCGAGUGCCACGCGCAGGUGUACCACGUGCCGUACCUGGAGGCGUGCGUGCAUGACGCGUGUGCGUGCGACGCUGGCGGCGACUGCGAGUGCGUGUGCACGGCCGUGGCCGCGUACGCGCGAGCCUGCCGCGACGCCGGCGUGUGUGUGCACUGGAGGACUCCCGACAUGUGCCCCGUGUUCUGUGACUUCUACAACGAGGAGGGGGAGUGCACGUGGCACUACAGCGCCUGCAGCGCCCUCUCCGCCAUCUGCCCCACGGCGCCCGGUGGCAACCUGAGCAGCGAGCUCAACACGCUGGAGGGCUGCUACCCGCGCUGCGUCAAGGCGCGUCCCUACUGGGACGAGGAGGCCCACCGCUGUGUGGCGCUGCGUGAGUGCCCCUGCUACGUGGACGACGUCCGCCUCGACCACAACGCCACCAACGUCAUCGUCGCCACCACCACCACCAGCGGCAAUGUUGCCGUCGUCAAGACAUGCGACUGCGUGAGCGGUGUCCCCCAGUGCACAGACCUCACCUCCACUACUCCGGCUGCUCCCACAAGCCCAGCGGCUCAGUUGUCAUCGGCAAGUCCCACCAAACCAGACUCCGAUCAUUCAUCAGCCAGUCCCACCAAACCAGACUCUGAUCAUUCAUCGGCAAGUCCCACCAAACCAGACUCUGAUCAUUCAUCGGCAAGUCCCACCAAACCAGACUCCGAACAUUCAUCGGCAAGUCCCACCAAGCCAGAUGUGGCGCACACCACGCUGUCGACCAGCCCCUCGCCAGUGUCUGGCAAGACUCCGGCGUCAACCACGGUGAGGAAGACUCCCGCGACUCAGGAAACGACCGCCACCUUGAGCUCCCCGGGCCUCACGACGUUCACCUCCAACGUGGCCUCGACGGAGUUCACCGUGAAGCCCGCCGAGUGGACGCCCUGGCUCAACGUGUCCGUGCCGACGCCGGACAAUGAGGGGGACAUCGAGACCAUCGAGAGGAUCAGGAGCACGGGCGUCGACGUCUGCUCGGAGCCCGUGGGCGUCCAGUGCCAGGCCGUGAUGUACCCCGGCCGCGACAUCUCCACGCUGGGGCAGAAGGUGAUCUGCGACCGUCUCAUCGGCCUCAUCUGCCGCAACGCCGACCAGAGCGGGAGCAAGCCGCUGUGUCUGGACUACACCGUCAAGUUCUUCUGCGGACCGGUGACCAGGCCGCCGCCGACGAAGCCGACCGCCGCGACAUCUUCCGUCGCUUCGGGAGUGUCGUUGAGUUGGGUUACGACUCCGCCCUCGGAGGACGCCAACUCCACGGAGCCCGACAUCAAGCCGGCCGAGUGGACGCGCUGGUUCGACGUGGACGCGCCCACGCCGGACAAUGAGGGGGACAUCGAGACGAUCCAGAAGGUUAGGAGCACGGGCGUCAGCGUCUGCUCGGAGCCCGUGGCAGUGCAGUGCGAGGCCGUGAUGUACCCGGGCCGGGACGUCGCCACGCUGGGGCAGAAGGUGAUCUGCGACCGUCUCGUCGGCCUCAUCUGCCGCAACGCCGACCAGAACGGGACCAGGCCGCUGUGCCUCAACUACGCCGUCAAGUUCUUCUGCGCCCCACCGACCAGGCCGCCGACGACAACGACCACGAAGCUGACCACCGUGGUGACGCCGUCCAUCGCUCCACCCGUGUCGUUGAAAUCGGCGUCAUCCCCGACCCCAGCGGACAGAUCGCCGGGGGCCCCGGGCCUCACCAAGACGACCACCACGGUGGCCGGGCCCACUCCUGCCGCGUCCACGGAGCUCACCGUGAAGCCCGCCGAGUGGACGCCCUGGCUCAACGUGUCCGUGCCGACGCCGGACAACGAGGGGGACAUCGAGACCAUCGAGAGGAUCAGGAACGCGGGCGUCGACGUCUGCUCGGAGCCCGUGGGCGUCCAGUGCCAGGCCGUGAUGUACCCCGGCCGCGACAUCUCCACGCUGGGGCAGAAGGUGAUCUGCGACCGUCUCAUCGGCCUCAUCUGCCGCAACGCCGACCAGAGCGGGAGCAGGCCGCUGUGUCUGGACUACACCGUCAAGUUCUUCUGUGGACCGGUGACCAGGCCGCCGCCGACGAGGCCGACCGCCGCGUCAUCUUCCGUCGCUCCGGGAGUGUCGUUGAGCCCGGUUACGACUUCGCCUUCGUCGGACGCGAACUCCACGGAGCCCGACAUCAAGCCGGCCGAGUGGACGCGCUGGUUCGACGUGGACGCGCCCACGCCGGACAAUGAGGGGGACAUCGAGACCAUCCAGAAGGUCAGGAGCACGGGCGUCAGCGUCUGCUCGGAGCCCGUGGCCGUGCAGUGCGAGGCCGUGAUGUACCCGGGCCGGGACGUCGCCACGCUGGGGCAGAAGGUGAUCUGCGACCGUCUCGUCGGCCUCAUCUGCCGCAACGCCGACCAGAACGGGACCAGGCCGCUGUGCCUCAACUACGCCGUCAAGUUCUUCUGCGCCCCGCCGGCCAGGCCAAAGAUGACGACGACGACGACGAGACCGACAUCACCGUUCACGGCGGUCUCCCUCCCGGGAAGCGCGACGACCGACGCCAAGCGGAGCAGCAGCGGGGCGACUUCGCCGCAAACUCUCCACCCCGUCGCCACCCUCAGCCUGGGCUCCAGCCGCGUCACGACGGAGUCCGUCACGGCCCUGUCCGGGCCCUCUCCCUCCCUCCCCGCCCCGAGCGCGGAGACUCCUCCUCCGGCAGACGAGUGGACGCCCUGGCUCGACGUGGACUCGCCGACGCCGGACAACGGCGGCGACGUCGAGACGAUCGAGAGGAUCCGGAGCCGGGGGUUCGACGUCUGCGCGGAGCCGGUGGCCGUGCAGUGCCGGGCCGUGAUGUACCCCGGCCGCGACGUCUCCACGCUGGGCCAGGCGGUCACCUGCGAGCGUCUCCUCGGCCUCGUCUGCCGCAACGCCGACCAGAGUGCCGCCAGUCCGCUGUGCCUCAACUACGCCGUUCGCUUCCUCUGCAGGGCCAAGUCCAAUGUCACGACCACGACGCUGCCCGGCACGCCAGCAGCUUCAGCAGCCACGACUCUGUCUCCGGCGACGGUCUGCAAGGAGUUGGAGAGGCCUAUGACGCCGUGCGUGUCGCUGUUCGUCGACUCGUGCACGGGGGCCCAGCGAGCCGUCACCGCGGCCUGCGACCAGAGCGCCGCCGCCGGCAAGGAGUGCCCCAAGCGCGGAUCCUUCGCCGUCGCCACCACGCGGCCCGGAGAGUGCUGCCCGCACUACCAGUGUGUUUGUCCGGAGGACUGUGCGGUGCCGGCGUGUUCGCCGGGCAGCGUUCUCAUGGAGCUCAUGGAGAGCAGCGCUCAGAGCAGCUGCUGCCGCAACUACGAGUGUGUGCUUCAGCCUUCUCCGACAUGUGAAUACAACGGCAAGAUGUACCAGGUUGGGGAUCAGUGGAGCAAGGACAAUUGCUCCUUCCUGGAGUGUGCUGAGUCACAGGGCUCCGCGUUGCUGAGCGAGCACCGCAUCACCUGCCUGGAGCCCCAGUACCCACACACCUGUGCAAAUGUGAGCGUGGUCUAUGAUGUCCACGGGUGCUGCAUCACCUACAAGUGCAACGAUGAAGCCCCCCAGGAGAUCUGCCAGCCCCAGCGCGUGUGGACGCUGGUCAGCGUGGGCGGCUGCAGCAGCGAGGGGCCCGUGGAGGUCACCAAAUGUGUGGGGGCCUGCAGCUCGAGCAGCCUGCCGAACCCGUGGUCCUCCUCCUCCUCCUCGGUCUCCACGGCGACCGCCGCUCCACCUCAGCUGUGGCGCAGCAGCUGCUCCUGUUGCCGGGAGACGAGCGGCUCCGGCUACGUCACCGGCACCGCCACCGCCACCAUCACCGGCACCGCCACCGCCGCCUUCGUGUCGGUGCCGCUGCUGUGCCCCAACGGCACAGCGCUGAGCGCCAGCGUGGCCGUCGCUCAGCGCUGCCGCUGCGUCGUCGCCGACUGCCCCGCGCCGUGAAAUGUGACCUCGUGACCCCGUGACCCCGCGACCCCGCGACGUGACCCCGCCCACCGUGACCUAAGCACGACCACGCCCCCCUCGUGACCUCUGAGCGACACACACACCAGCCCCGUGACCUCUGAGUGACCCACAAACACACUAGCCACGUGACCUCUGAAUGACCCCCACACACUCACACCACCGCCGUGACCUCUGAGUGACCCACACACACUCACACUCUCCCCGUGACCCACACCACCACCACCACCGAUCUGACAUGUGUGCGUCUCUGUGUGUGCGUCUGUGUGUGCGUGCGUGUGACGACGAGGUGAUCUUGGCGAUUACGAUGAGUGCGCGUGCGUGUGUGCGUGUGUGUGUGUGCGUCUGUGUGUGUGCAUCUGUGUGUGUGUGUGUCUGUGUAUGUGCGUCUGUGUGUGUGCGUCUGUGUGUGUGUCUGUGCUGUGUGUGUGUGCGUCUGUGUGUGUGUGUCUGUGCGUGCGUGCGACGACGAGGUGAUCUUGGCGAUCACGAUGAGCGUGUGUGUUCCAGACUGUGGCUCUUUUCAUUCAGUCAGUCAUUCACUCAUCAAGUCAGUCCACUCGUGACAUCAGUCACUCACUUGUCCAUCCAUUCAUUCACUUGUCCACUCACUCAUCAUUCAGUCACUUGUCCACUCACUCGUUCAUUCAGUCACUUGUCCACUCACUCGUUCAUUCAGUCACUUGUCCACUCACUCGUCCAUUCAGUCACUUGUCCACUCACUCGUUCAUUCAGUCACUUGUCCACUCACUCGUCCAUUCAGUCACUUGUCCACUCGUCCAUUCAGUCACUUGUCCCCUCACUCGUCCAUUCAGUCACCCAUGAACCCGCGAUGCCCCGCCGUGAAGCCACGUGUUGGAGAGUUACACUCACCACAACCACAACCACUGCAGCACAACCACAACCACCACCGCAGCACAACCACCGCACAACAAACACCACCACCACCGCACCACAACCACCAUCACCGCUGCUACCAUCAUCAAUGCCACCUCCACCACCAACGCCGCUUUCAUCACUGGCGCAGUGCCAAUACCGACACCACCACCGCCACCCCCGUGUGUGUCUCUGUGUGUCUCACUGUGUCUCACUGUGUGUCUCUGUGUGUCUCUGUGUGUCUCAGAGUAACAA